CAGGGACAGCCUACGUGUUUCCCUCAUGAGGUAGAAGUGCACUGUGCGUUUCCUCACACGUCUGGCAAUGGAUCUGAAGCUCCGCAGGUUUAGUCCUUGGGUUUGAGGAAAUUUUAAAGCCCCCUCACUUCACAGUUGUUAUUCACACCAUCAUAAUCAUCAUCAUCAUCAUUAUCAUCAUCAUCAUCAUCAUCAUCAUCAGAUCCAGUGGGAACUGAGAGGAGAAGAUGGGGUGCUGCUCGGCACGAUGCAUGUUGAUCCUGCUGUGUUGUCUGCAGUUGAUAACUGCUCUGGAGAGGCAGGUGUUUGACUUCCUGGGCUACCAGUGGGCUCCCAUCAUGAUCAACUUCUUUCACACCAUCAUGGUCAUCCUGGGCCUGUUUGGUGUCAUCCAGUACAGAUCACGCUACGUCAUUAUGUACCUGCUGUGGAUGUUGUUGUGGGUUGGCUGGAAUGUCUUUGUGAGCUGUCUCUACUUGGAUUUGGGGGGGCUUUCAAAGGACAGUGAUAUUCUCUCUCUUGGAGUGUCGUCACAUCGCUCCUGGUGGAAAGACAACGGGCCAGGGUGUGAGAGCGAGGGUCUGCCCUCUGCCGGGUGGCACAACCAGCAAAACCCUGAGCUGACUACAGUGCUGAGCUGCUGGCUGGAAUACCAGUACAUAGAAGUCCUGCACUGCAUCGCCCAGCUCCUCAUAUCACUCCUUGGAUUUGUCUAUGCCUGCUAUGUCGUCAGCACUUUUUCAGAUGAGGAAGACAGCUUUAAUUUCAUUGGUGAAUUUCAUCAUCCAUCCAAACCCUCUCUGCUCUUCUAGUGUAAAGACUUGAUGGAUUAUAAAUAACCACAGAAAGAAAGUGUUUGGGAAAAGCUGAGAGGGAGCCAGGCAGAAGAUGGAACAACUCUGAAAGCUGUCAUCCUGGUUGUCUGUCAAACAUCUGUCCCAGAUGCUGAACCUCACUGUGCUGUCAAGAAGGGAACUACCAGUAUAUCACUGUAGAAAAUGCGUAGUCGUAUUUAUAAUGUAUUUUUCCUCAGGCCUCAAGCGCUGUAAAUAUAAAUCAAAGUCUACCUGUGUGUGUGUGUGUGUGUGUGUGUGUGUGUGUGUGUGUGUGUGUGUGUGUGUGUGUGUGUGUGUGAGUGAGUGAGUGAGUGAGUGAGUGAGUGAGUGAGUGAGUGAGUGAGUGAGUGAGUGAGUGAGUGAGUGAAAGAUGGAAAUCACUUGUGCGAGGUGUGAGUGAGUGAGUGAGUGAGUGAGUGAGUGAGUGAGUGAGAGAUGGAAAUCACUGGAUAUUAAGCACUCAAGUACAAAUAUCUGUCACUAUAUAAAAGUGUGAUUUGAACUCUGUAAAUAAGGAUAAGUUUCUUUCUGCUGUUUUGUAAAAUGUAUAAAUUAUUCAUAUGUGUCAUUCCAGUUAGAAAGUGAAACAUCUGAAGUUCUGGAGUGUAUGAUAUAAUUCAGUGAAAUAAACCACAUCUACAAUACA